AAAAAAAAAAAAAAAGAAAGAAAGAAAGUGCUGUCUCGCAUGUAUUAUUUCAUCACAGCAAUCCCUUGAAACAGACUUUUAUCAGAAUUUCUCACAGUUUAAUUUUAUUUUGGGGCUGGGGAUCAAACCCCAGAGCCUAGCACAUGCUAAACACUCUCUGUACUACUGAGUUACCACUCCAGUCCCUGACAAAAAACUUUGAGACUGGGUCUUGCUGUGCUGCCCAGGCUGUCCUUGAACUCCCAGACUCAAGUGACACCAUUGCCCAGUCUUUGGAGCAGCUGGAACUGUGGCUGAUGCCACCAUACCCCUAAACCCUGAAGGUCUGGGCCAAGGAAACGGGAGCACUGUGACUCACCCAAGGCACGAGGCCAGGAGCGGCAGGUGUAGGACUCCAACCCUGUCAGGACUGCCCAGACCCUGGUCCUGGCUCCCUGCCUCUGUUCCGCAGCCCCACCCUGGGCCCAAGGGAGCACGUUCUGCACCCUGCUCCGAGUAGGGCGCUCUGGCUGGGCCAUGGUCAUCCGGGAGUUAGGCAGUACCAGGCUCUCGUCCUGGGGCAGAAGCUUAGGGCUGCCAGGCAGUGGGAUGAUAACUCCCCCUACUUCCUUUCUGCUGCCCAGAGCCUUUCUUAAACACACACACACACACACACACACACACACACACACGCACGCAUGCACGCACGCACACACGAAUUGCCUCAGCCCUGCUGUGUGGGCCCCGCCCCGCCCCCACCACUGAUGGUGCCCAGCCCAGCCAGGAGGGGACAGGUGGGUCCCUCAUCCACACCCCUCCCUCCAGAUGAGGGCGUGAACCCGGGCUGUGCAGCCAGGGGCCCAGAGACGCACACGGCCCCAGAGCCUCCUGCCGAGAGCCUGCGGUGGCUCCUGCCCGUCUGGCAGGCACCUGCUGGACCCUCCACCCAGCACCACCAACCUCUGCUGCCCUGCGAUGCCCACACCCAAUAUUUCAGCCGCGCUGCCCACGUUCUUUUGGGUCAACGCCUCUGGAGGAGGGGUGCUGAGUGCGGACGAAGCCACGCUGCCUGUGGAAUUCUUCGCCCUGAGGGUCCUGGUGGCCCUGGCCUAUGGGCUUGUUGGGGCUAUCGGCUUGCUGGGGAACUUGGCUGUGCUGUGGGUGCUGGGUAAUUUCGGUGCCCGGCGAGCCCCUGGCCCGCCCUCUGACACCUUUGUCUUCAGCCUGGCACUGGCAGACCUGGGGCUGGCGCUCACUUUGCCCUUCUGGGCAGCCGAGUCGGCGCUGGACUUCCACUGGCCUUUCGGAAGUGCCCUCUGCAAGACAGUCCUGACAGCCACCGUCCUCAACGUCUACGCCAGCAUCUUCCUCAUCACAGCACUGAGCGUUGCCCGGUACCGGCUGGUGGCCGUGGCUGCGGGGCCGCGCACCCACCUCUCGCUCUUCUGGGCCCGUGGGGCCACUUUGGCAGUGUGGGUGGCAGCGGCGCUGAUGACGGUGCCCACGGCCAUCUUCGGGGCGGAGGCUGAGGUGUGGGGCGUGCGCCUCUGCCUGCUGCGCUUCCCCAGCAGGUACUGGCAGGGAGCCUACCAGCUGCAGAGGGUGGUCCUCGCCUUCGUGCUGCCCUUGGCCAUAAUCACCACCAGCUACCUGCUGCUGGUGACCUUCCUGCGGAGGCGGCAACGCCGGCGGCAGGACAGCAGAGUGGUGGCUCGCUCCGUCCGUAUCCUGGUGGCCUCCUUCUUCCUUUGCUGGUUCCCCAACCACGUGGUCACUCUCUGGGGUGUCCUGGUGAAGUGGGACCUGGUGCCCUGGAACAGAACUUUCUACACCAUUCACACCUACGUCUUCCCUGUCACCACCUGCCUGGCACAUAGCAACAGCUGCCUCAACCCGGUGCUGUACUGUCUGCUGCGGCGGGAGCCCCGCCAGGCUCUGGUGGACGCCUUCAGGGACCUGCGGUCCAGGCUGUGGCCCCAGGGCGUGGGCUGGCUGCAGCAGGUGGCCCUAAAGGAGGUAGGCAGCCCGUGAACAGCGAGCCCCCCCCGCCCCCCCGCCGGAGAGCUCAUGUGCUUGCAGAAGUGCACAGGGGGUACCUGGCUGAAGGCCGAGGGCCUGCUCUCUCUUUCUAGGACCUGCCGGACACAGGAUCCACACACCCUAGGGACAGCUGUCCUCCCAGCCAGGCCAUGGAGUCCCACGGCAACUCUGCUCUCUGACCACCAACUCUGGGUGCGGGGAAUUGGGGAGGCCAGGGCCCAGGUCGGGGCUGGGUGUGACAAAGCUUAAGUCUCUAUUUGGAGGUGAAAAAGAAGAGGAACUGAGAAUAAACAUCUGGAUUACCCACAAAUUGUCUUGGUUUUUUAAUUGUUUCAUUUAUUUUGAAAUUUUUGAGACAGGGUCUCACUAAGUUGCUCCGUUGCCCAGGCUGGGCUGGAACGUGCAAUCCUCCUGCCUCGGCCUCCCAGAGUGCUGGGGAUACAGGUGUGUGCCAGCACAGCCAGCCCUUUUUCUCGAUCUUUUAUCCCAGUUCCAACUCUAGUUUAGUGUGGGGCAGUUUUUACCCCAUCUUUGCCUUCUGCAAGAAUUUCCAAGGUAUCUCCCUUAG